AUGGUUUAUUUCACUCAAGAUAGCGUCCCCGCAGCUCGCGCAGCCCUCUCAGUCUCGGAAGCUGGCUUUUGGCACGACAUCCGAGAUGGGCGCCCGAUAUCACAAUUGAAACGGCCGACAUUCGGCUUUCGGGUGAAGCAGUACUUCAAGUCCAAAUCUCCGCUGCAGAGCGAGUUCCUGCCCGGUAUGCAGGGCAGAGUUCUCCACCGUAAGAACCUCAACGUACAACCUGCUGGUAAAUAUGCGCUGACUUGGUAUGCCAACAUCUUAGGUCAAGGCCCUCUCGUAAGCGUGGAGGUAGACGACCUUUGGGACGCUGAAGGUAACCAGCUCAGGGACUACCUCCAUGAAGAUUUGAUCGAGAUCGGCACUGAGCUCUACGGCAACUGGAAGAUAGAUGUCUGCAACAUUCCGCGGACGCAAUCAAAUUUCACCGAUAAAGAACAAGAACUCUUCGACAACCCCAACUACCAGUAUCUUGCGCGCGGCAUUAGCACGUUUCUGAGAAAGCUAGCAGCGACAAAACCAGAUUGUAUGCCUCAAGAUAAUUACGAUAGGCUUGGUGGCGCAUCAGGCAACAAGGUUCCAUGGAUCACUUUAAAGGUUCUUAACGGUGUUGAGAAGGCAGGCCUCCUCAGCGUAUUGAACAACCCUGAAUUUACCAUCAAAGAUAUUCGGGCAAAUGCCAAUCUGGAUUGUCAGACUCUCGCCGCUAAGGACGAACCCGGCUUCUAUCUUCGUGUCUACACCAAGCCCAUUCCCGGUCAGUCGAAAGGCCACGGCUCCUUUUACGUUGGUCAAGCAAAGGAUCUCCAUAACCGCUUUCUUGGUUGGAGUCGGCCAGGUCAAGCACAUGAAGACCUGAUUCAGGACCCAACAGUCUCCAAGGAGAUGCUCGCCAUAUGUCGGGUAGAUAUGGCAUUUUACCAGGAUCACAAGUACAUCGUCGAGCAGCUCUUCACCUCUCUCUUCCAGACCUACAAGCAAGCUAUUCUUGGUCGGACCGUGAACAGCGGUGAUGUUCAAACCAAUUAUAGUAUAAAAAACUGCGCUGAUCUAGACAAGAUCGCUACAGCAUCUGCGAACGACAGUGGUUGGGCUGGUGCAGUUCGACGGAUAAGCUUCUGGCAGGACUCUUUUUCCACAUGCGAAGGCCUCAACUACCAGAGUCCUAUUGGAGAAGCGCCACCAUUCGAGCCCAUCGGCUGGCUCCAAAACCACAAGUACGUACCAGACCCAGACAACCCAGGGAAAGGGAAAUCGAUCCUGAUCUCGAAUUUCACACGCGAGAAACCAAAGAAGAUGCAAAUCCAGGUUCCAGGGACAAAAUCAGCUUCAAAGAGUCUUUCCUUCAUCGUCUGGGAUCUGCAUUCCGAGAACAAAAACUACGCCUUACGGAUGAGUCGAACACUACCGAAGAACUUCUCGUCUGACGGCGUAGAAUGGCCAGCUGAGAAUACUUUCUACAACAUUACAUUUGAGGUUCGUCUUGAUUGGAAGCCGCAUCCGUACUCAUGGGCUCGCCUACCGCUCAUCGGACCAUUCAAGGAUUGGGAUCGGGCUAACAGCUGGGCCAUUGUUAUUGAAUGGGUCGACAAGUCUGGCCAAAAUCGGCAGAGAUACCUCCAUUGCGAACGCCCUUACAUGACCUUGGCCGAAGACUCCGAUGCGGCCAUCCAGCCAUAUGCGAGAGGUAUCGAGGUCAUUCACUGGCUGUUCAAUGAGAGGAUCCCUAGCGGUCAACAAUAUGAAUGGCUUCAGGUCCCUCCUAUGGCUGCUAUCAAAGUAAUCAAGCACGACACUGUCCGUCAGAUGAUCACUUUCGAAGCUGGCAAAGCUGUCACUGCCACUGCGCCCAUACCCUGCUCACGCAGAGCUCCAGAUCGUAUCAAAGCGGAUAUGGAGGGACUUGGAGAACAUGGAGACUUUAAACUCCAAAAUGUAGGCCUUACUCUAGACCAAGCCAGGAAAGCUACUCCGGGAAAGUGGGGUUCGAGAACUAAAUGCGACUGUUGCAUGUUCUUUGCUCGUAGUGCAGGCCCUGGCCCCUGUACUGUCGAGGACGGUAACAUAGUCUGCGAGAGUUGCCUCAAGAUCUUUGGACGUCCAUUCUGCUCGUGGACUCUUGGGAUUCCUUCCGUGAGUAGAAGGGCAACAGAUCUCGGAAACUCGUUUGGAGAGCUCGCGGCUCAAGGAGAUACAGUGAACGCGCUCCGGCGUACUGCCCUUCAUGGGCUCGAAGGCUCGAGAGACGAGGCUAUGUUGGCCGGGGAUGCGCAGAUAAUUUCUGUUGUUCAGGAUGAAGAGGAUGAGUUGGAUGCUGUCAAGGGCAAAGUACAUGAGGUCUAA